AUGGACACCCAGACAGAGAUGGUCUCAGGGCAUGAGGUGCCCACAGAGGCCCUGGGGGCUCCUCCGAUGGAUUUAGGGGAGAACUCCACAGGAGCCGAAGAAGCUCCAUCGUACAACUCAGGGGAAGAUGUCUGCUCCAUCCCACAACAGCUUGGAAGCCUGCAGGCCGUUCCUGGGCCCAGCAAUGUGGAAUCCAGGCUCUGUGAUCCUGAGACACAGGAAGAUCCAGUCACCAUGGAGAGGCCUGGAUGGUUUUCAGACCCCCAAAAUGCCAGUCCUCAGGCAACUACAGAAGAGGGAUCCAGGAAUGUGGUGGGAGUUGUGGGAGAUCUCGCUGCAGACACUGCGGCCUUGGAGGGUAGCUCAAGCUGGGCCAGGAAUACAAACCAGGACUUGGAGGCAGAGGGCAAGCCUCCGGCCCCACUGGGGGCUGAUCAGCUCAUGGAUUUAGAGGAGGGGGGAAGAGAAGACUGUGCAGAGGCCGACCAGAGCCAGCUGCAAGGUCUCCUGGCCCAGCUCCAAAGACUCAGCCCCAAUGCAGAAGACGAUGGGGAGGAUGGGGAGGAGGGCCAGACUUUUGAGGAUGAGAGAGGCCCGCUGCUCCGGCCCGCAGGCCAGACCGAGUGCCAGGGGCUGCCGGGGGAAUGCGCCCCCUGCCCACUGCACCUGGCUAUGAGGCACACCUUGGGAGUGGCUUCCCACCGGUUCCUGCAACCCACCCGUGGCUGGAGGGGCCGGGGAAGCCACGGGCUGCUAUCAGCUGAGGCGGAUCGUGAGGACCUGCUGAGCCUCUUGCACUUCGAAGAGGGACCCCCCGUGGAGCAGAGUGACCAGACGCCCCUGGCUCACUCCAGCGUGAUGGUGGGUUCGAGCUGCCAGCUGGCCCAGGACAAAGGGAACGCUGGUGGCCUGGAGAUGCCAGAGUGGCCUGAGAGGCCUCCGGAUCCCACCCUUCAGAGCUCGGAGCAGCUGGAAAUGGAAGGGCCCCGUCCUGCCAGUGGGGCUGCUGGCGAAGUCCUGGAUCCCAGUCUGGAGUCCUCCUCAGACCCAAGGUGGAGAGCAGUGGCAGAAGGUUCCAGCCUUCGGGGAGAACCACCCCGCCCUGCAGAUGGAGCUAAUAAAGCCGAUCUGUCUUCCUUCCCGGUUUACAAGGAAGUACCAGGUCCUUGCGAGCCUGAGGAUCUACUAGAUGGAGUCAUCUUUGGGGCCAAAUACCUGGGCUCCACCCAGCUGAUCUCAGAGAGGACCCCUCCCACCAGCGUCCGAAUGGCCCAGGCCCAGGAAGCUGUGGACAGGAUAAAGGCUCCAGACGGAGAAUCUCAGCCCAUGACAGAAGUGGAUCUCUUUGUCUCCACACAGAGGAUUAAAGUUCUCACAGCAGACUCUCAGGAAGCCAUGAUGGACCAUCCCCUCGCCACCAUUUCAUACAUAGCUGAUAUUGGCAAUAUCGUGGUGCUCAUGGCCCGAAGGAAGCUACCUCGCCAGGCAGAUGCUUCUGUGGAAAAGCAGCUCUACAAAAUGAUCUGCCACGUCUUCCACUCGAUUGAUGCUCAGUUGAUAGCCCAGGCAAUUGGCCAGGCCUUCAGCGUGGCGUACCAGCAGUUCCUGCGUGCUAGCGGCAUUGACCCCACCCAGGUUGGUCCGCGCCGGUACGAUGAUGAUGACGACGACGGACUGACCGCAGGGGAGGACCUAUACAAUGGGGAUUUGGCUCACUUCUCCAAGCAAGAGAACUGUAAGGAAGUCUUCAUCCGCAAACAGAAGGGGGAGAUCUUGGGGAUUGUGAUUGUCGAGUCCGGCUGGGGCUCCAUCCUGCCCACUGUGGUCAUCGCCAACCUGAUGCACGGGGGAGCGGCAGAGACGUCGGGGAGCUUGAGCAUCGGAGACCGCAUCAUGUCCAUCAAUGGGACCAGCCUGGUGGGGCUGCCCCUUGCCACAUGCCAGAACAUCAUACGGGAUUUGAAAAACCAGACCGAAGUGACCUUGAAGGUUGUGCACUGCCCCCCAGUAACCACGGCCAUUGUUCGGCGACCAGACACAAAAUACCCUCUGGGAUUCUGCGUGGAAAACGGCAUUAUCUGUAGCCUCAUGCGUGGUGGGAUUGCAGAGCGGGGCGGCAUCCGGGUAGGACACCGCAUCAUCGAGAUCAACGGGCAGAGCGUAGUAGCCAUGCCACACGAGAAGAUCAUCCAGAUCCUUACCCAGGCUGUCAGUGAGGUACACAUCAAGACGAUGCCGGCUUCAACCUACCGUCUCCUGACCGGCCAAGAGCAGCCGGUGUUCCUCUGAAAGGAGCAAACCCAGAUGUCUCUCGUGUCCAC